AUGCGUGUUUCCAAUUUGGUGAGACUAGUUCCAUUACUGAGCGUAGUGUUGGCUCUUCCAACAAAUCCAAAAUACCUUCACGAACACAAAGAUAAGAGAGAUAUUGUGACAAAAGUCGUAUAUGUUACAGUUGGUGAAGAAGAAGCUACUUCUACUAGUCAAGCCGUACUUUUAAAUGGUCAAUUUGGCUUAGAAGCUGGCAAUAAUCAAAGAACUACUACUACUUUACAACAAGAAAUUACAUCUAGUACUAAUACAGAAAUACCAGUUAGCAUUACAACAACAGCCAAUUCCAUUAGUGCUGCCGCUGCUAUUAUUGAUUCCACAACCACAUCUACCACUCCAACAAGCGCUGUAGUUACCUCAACAUCUCCUGCUUCAAGCUCUUCAGCUUCAUCUUCAGUUUCAGAUGCUGGAGCAAAAGGUAUAAGUUAUUCACCUUACUCAAACAGUGGUGGUUGUAAGUCUUUGUCUGAAAUCAAAUCUGAUCUAUCAAUCUUGUCGAAUUACGAUGUCAUUAGAAUUUAUGGUGUCGACUGUGAUCAAGUUGCUAAUCUUCUUCAAGCUAAGGCUUCCAGUCAGAAAUUAUUUUUGGGGAUAUAUUACAUGGAUCAAAUUCAGGCUGGUGUUGAAACAAUCCAAGCCGCAGUAUCUUCCUAUGGUUCUUGGGAUGAUAUUUAUACAGUUUCGAUUGGUAAUGAGCUUGUUAACGCAGGCGAAGCUACUCCUUCUCAAAUCAAGCAAUAUAUUGAUACCGGUCGUUCAGCAUUAACAUCUGCCGGUUAUACUGGUCCUGUUGUAUCAGUCGAUACAUUUGUUGCAGUUAUUAAUAAUCCAGAUCUAUGCAAUUACUCAGAUUAUAUUGCAGUGAACGCCCAUGCAUAUUUUGAUUAUAACACAGCUGCUGCUGAUGCCGGUACUUGGUUGGCUACUCAAAUUGACAAUGUUUAUAAGGCAUGUGGUAGUUCGAAAAAUGUUUUAAUUACUGAGUCAGGUUGGCCUUCUAAAGGUGACACUUAUGGUGCAGCCAUCCCUUCAAAAGCAAACCAAGAAACUGCUAUUGCUGCCAUAAAAGAAAAAUGUGGUUCCCAAACAUUAUUAUUCACUGCUUACAAUGAUUAUUGGAAAUCUCCAGGACAAUAUGGUGUUGAACAAUAUUGGGGUAUUUAUUCAUCAGAAUAA